AGUCGCCUUUGGUUCUCCGACGCUACAAGUUCAGUUCUUAAGUGAUCUCUUCAACCUAAAGAUUCCAACAUGAAAUAUAUUUUCUGCGUUGUUCUUCUCUGCUGCCUAUCUCAGGUCUACUGCGGUAUUUAUUCGCUGUAUGCUAACAACAGAAAUAUAUUCCACGACCUUACGAAAAAAGACAAAGCUCAGCGUGGAAAUAUUGUUGGGGAGAAGAGACAAGUCGACAUCAAUGAUAAGCAUGUUACUGACUUACUUAACGAACAUCUCGGUCGCUUGAUUACUGAAGAUGAUAGCAAAUUUCUCGUGGAUCAAAUCGAUGAAAUUUCAAAGCAAACUGUCGCUGGCGUCUCUUAUAGAAUCAAAGGACAUUUUCAAGUAGAAGGCGACAAGAAAGAUUGCACGGUUACGAUUCUUGAGCGUGUCUGGCAUGAGACAGAGAAGGUCAUAAUUUCAGCUAACUGCGAGGAUGGAAGUUGCUAUGUUACUGAAACCUACACCUGUCCGCCACAAUCCUUCGUGGCCUUCUAAUUAAUGGUUAAUAACUUGAAAUAAAAAUAUAGAAAAAUAAAUAGAAGGAUAAACUUGUUUUUCAAAAAACAAAAAGAAGACGAA